AUGGCGUCUCUCUGCUCCUCUCCGCCGUCACGCUGCUGCCGCCGCCUGACCCAGACCUCCUAGACCCGCCCAGACCCGCCCACCCCCGCCGAACCGGGCCUCUACCCGGGCCGGGCCGGGCCAUGGUCCCGGUUCUGCCGGACCCGGAGCCGAACUGAAGCGGAACCGAACUAAACACCGCGAUGGCCACGGACAACAGGAGCAGUUUCUGGAGGAGAAGCCCGAAGGUUCCGGGCAGCGUCAGGCCCGUUUAUGGAGCGCAGCAUCCGCCGCUCGACCCGCGGCUACGGCGCACACACUCCAAGGAGACCCGGUCCAGGUUCCAGACCCGGACCUCCAGGGCGUCCCGGGCCUCCAGCUUCCAUGAAUUCGCCCGCAGCACCAACGACGCCUGGGACCUGGAGGACGAGGAGGACCCGGUACCGGGUCAGAACCGGUACCGGGACCCCCAGGAGGACCCGGUACCGGGUCAGAACCUCCGGGAGGACCGGACCCAGCAGGACCAGACCCGGGAGGACCGGAUCCCCCAGGAGGACCGGAUCCAGGAGCCUCAGGUCAAUGGAAAGGUGACCAAGUCCAGCAGUGAGGAGCUGCACCUGAACACAUCCUCGGCGGUCCGGUCCUCCCUGCCGGUCCGGCCCCUCAUCCCCCUGGUGGCCCGGAUCUCGGACCAGAAUGCCUCCGGAGCUCCGCCCUCCACGGUCCGGGACAAGAGCCGGCUGGACAAGUUCAGGCAGCUGCUGGGGGGAACCAGCCCCGACCUGGAGGAACUGCGGCAGCUCAGCUGGUCUGGGAUUCCCAGGGAGGUUCGGCCCGUCACCUGGAGACUCCUCUCUGGCUACCUGCCGGCCAACAGCGAGCGGCGGCAGCUGGUCCUGCAGAGGAAGAGGGAGGAAUACUUCAGAUUCAUCGAGCAGUACUACCAGUCCAGGACCGAGGAGGGACACCGGGACACCUACAGACAGAUCCACAUCGACAUUCCCAGAACCAACCCGUUGAUCCCGCUGUUCCAGCAGCCGGCGGUGCAGGAGGUCUUUGAGCGGAUCCUCUUCAUCUGGGCGAUCCGCCACCCGGCCAGCGGCUACGUCCAGGGAAUCAACGACCUGGUCACGCCCUUCUUCGUCGUCUUCCUGUCUGAGUUCGUCACGGAGGACGUGGAGAACUUUGACGUGGCGGCGCUGCCUCUGGACACGCAGAGGAACAUCGAGGCCGACAGUUUCUGGUGCAUGAGCAAGCUGCUGGACGGAAUCCAGGACAACUACACGUUUGCUCAGCCCGGCAUCCAGAACAAGGUGAAGGCGCUGGAGGAGCUGGUGAGCAGGAUAGACGAGGACGUCCACCAGCACUUCCGCAGGUACGAGGUGGAGUACCUGCAGUUCGCCUUCCGCUGGAUGAACAACCUGCUGAUGAGGGAGCUGCCGCUGCGCUGCACCAUCCGCCUCUGGGACACCUACCAGGCCGAGGCCGACGGCUUCUCCCACUUCCACCUCUACGUCUGCGCUGCUUUCCUCCUGGAGUGGCGCAAGGAGAUCCUGUCCAUGGUCGACUUCCAGGGACUCCUCAUGCUCCUGCAGAACCUUCCCACAAUCCACUGGGGCAACGAGGAGGUUGGUCUGCUGCUGGCGGAAGCUUACAGACUCAAGUACAUGUUCGCCGACGCCCCCAGUCACUACCGGAGGUAGUGGAUCUGGUCUGGAACUA